ACAUGCUAAAGGUAGAAAAUGGUUUGUUGGUGACAAGAUCUCUGCUGCUGAUAUCAUGUUGUCUUUCCCGAUUCAAAGUGUAAUUACAUCAGAGAGAGGUGCCACUGUUAAACCAGUGAAGGAAAGUUACCCAGAUGUAUUCAAAUACUUCCAAGAUAUCACCUCAGAGCCAGCAUGGAUUAGAGCUGCCGAAAAGGUGAAAGAUUACGACCAUGUCAUCACCAAUGGUAAAUUGUAA